GGACACUGACUGGAACUGGGUCUGAAAGAUCUCCUCUUAGCAUAGGUGUUUGGGAACUUUACUGGAUCCAUCACUAGGUUAUAGGAGGGCAAAGUUCAAGUCCCGCCCUUGAAGAAGAAGGCUGCACUCAAUUCUCUCAGGAUUCCCAGCUCCCAGUUGGAAGCCCAGCCGGAAGACUCUCCUCCCACUUCACUUUCCUUUAGGCUGGAUAUAUUGGGCAGGUGGUCUUGGAUGGUGUUGUUUCCAUCUCAGAUUCUUCUCCCAAUACCCUGGAAUUGCCUGGCUAACCUGUUGCUUAAUCAAACAAAGGCGUGAGCAAGCGAAGUAUAUAAACCUGCAAAUCUUCACCCAGAGGUGACAAAUCUUGCCUUGCCCUUAGAAGUCCAUCUUCUAAAAGCAAACUUCAGAGUGUCCUCCUGGCUUCUUUCUCCUGGCUCUGUGGGGUGAGCAGGAACAGGGCACUGAAAAGGAGGUUGGUGAUACCAGCUGGCAUGCUGGCAGCCUUUGAUCAAUGAAGCUUAAAGGGAAACUGCAAGCCUGAAAUAAAUGCAAAGACUGCUUUAACCAAGGAGAGUCUCUGGGCAGCGGUGGGAGACAGUAAGAAUAUGAUGGAGAGGACAUACAUCUCUAGGAUCCUUGCAUUGUUUCCAAAUACCAUAGUUCGCAAAUUAUUGCUGAUGCUGAUUUUUAGCUUACUAUUCUGGGUCAUUUACUUGGCUUCAAAAGACCAAACGAAGAGUGAGGAGGAAAAGCUGCUAAUGAUGAAGCUCUGUGGACGAGAAUAUGUACCGGGCUGCAACUUCUUGCUCCACCUGAGAAGCCCCUUCAUCCCGAAUGAGUGGAGCAUCUUCCGAAAGUUUUCACACUCUGAAAUGCUUCAGAAUCCAACAGUCUCACCAACAGAAACUGAAUCAAACAUCAGGGAGAUCCUGGAGAAAAUGAACCAGCUGAUCCCACCCAGACCCUUUACACAUUUGAAUGUCACCACCAGCGCUGCACACAGUGCGGCCACCAUCCUCAACCCUCAAGACACGUACUGCAGGGGGGACCAGCUGUAUGUCCUGCUGGAGGUGAGGGACCAUCUAGGACGCAGGAAGGAAUAUGGUGGGGACUUCCUCAGGGCCAGGAUGUUCUCCAAAAACCUGAAGGCAGGUGCCUCGGGAAAGGUGACGGACUUCAACAAUGGCACCUACCUCGUCAGCUUCACUCUGUUCUGGGAGGGCGAGGUCUCCCUGUCUGUGCUGCUCAUGCACCCCAGUGAAGGGGCUUCAGCUCUCUGGAGGGCACGGAACCAAGGCUACGACAGAGUGAUCUUCACAGGCCAGUUUGUCAAUGGCACUUCUCAUGUCCUAUGUGAAUGUGGCCUGACCCUUAACUCAAGUGCUGAACUGUGCCAGUACCUGGACACUCGAGACAAAGAAGCCUUCUACUGUGUGAAGCCUCCACACAUUCCCUGUGAGGCCCUGACCCACAUGAGCACCAGGAACAGGGGCGUCUCCUACCUUACCACGGAAGAAUGGAGACUUUUCCAAAGGUCCAACGUAGGGAAUGAAAUGAUGAAGAACUUUCCCUCCAUCAAAGUUGUACCAUGUAACAAGAACGCGAAGGCAGAACAGAAAUGCCAGGUGGGAAUGAAGAGUCCUUUCCCCAGCGGUUACACUUUCAAAGGAAGUUGGAUAACAACGUUUUGCAAACAAACCAAGUUCAAUACUGCAAAAAGUGUAAAUGACUGCUUGCAAAGAAAACUUAUUUACCUCAUGGGAGAUUCAACACUACGCCAGUGGAUUUACUAUUUUAAAAAAGUUAUUCAAACCUUACAAACUUUUGACCAUCAUGGAAGCGGAAUCUUUAAAACACAUAUUCUUCUGGAUGUUAACAGACACAUUUUGAUUCAGUGGAGAAAACACAGUCAUCCGUUUGUUACGCAACAGGUAUUCUCAGUGAAAGAUGAAAACUAUAUCCCACGAGAAAUUGACCAGGUGGCAGGAGACAGAGACACAGCAAUUGUCAUCACCAUCGGCCAGCACUUCAGACCUUUCCCCAUCAGCAUUUUCAUCCGCAGGGCAAUCAAUAUUAGAAAGGCCGUUGAACGUCUACUCUUACGAAGCCCAGAGACCAAGGUGAUACUAAAAACUGAAAACACCCGAGAAAUACAUCGAAAUGCAGAGAUGUUCAGUGAUUUUCAUGGAUAUGUUCAGAAUCUUAUCCUGAGGGAUGUUUUUGCAGAUCUCAAUGUGGGUAUUAUUGAUGCCUGGGACAUGACAACUGCAUAUUUCACUAAUGAUGUGCACCCACCUGAAUAUGUUGUUGCAAAUCAGAUUGGCAUGUUCUUAAACUACAUCUGCUAGAGAAAAAACCCAGAAAACUAGCACUACCCAUUCUCAUUCAGCAAUCUCACAUAUGCUCUGGAGAUAGUUCAGUGAAAUCCAAGGUAUGAAAAAAUAAAAUUCUUCAAAAAAUUUAAAUUGUAGUGAAGUAUGUAUAACAUCAAAUUUAACAUUUACACCAUCUUAAAUGCACUGCUCAGGUGGCAUUAGUACAUUUGCAGUGUUGAGCAACCAUUAUCUGUUCCAUCUCCAGAGACUUUUUAAUCAUUUCCAAUAGAAAUUCCAUGCCUAUUAAACAACAUUUCCCUUAUCUACCUCACCCCCAGGAACUGGAAAUGCUAUUAUAUUUUCUGUAUGUUAGUUUGACUACUCAAAUAAAUGGAAUUAUAUAAAG